AUGAAGUAUAGGAUCAGUUUCACCAGUGACCCUUGGGAAUUGACUGCCUACAGUGAUGCAGACUGGGCAGGGGACAUUGAUACACUGAGGUUGAAUAUUGGAUUUGUGGUGUUUUUAGGAAAGAAUCCAAUCUCAUGGCAAUCUAAGAAACAUAGUUAUGUAUCAAGAAGUUCAACAGAGGCUGAGUAUAGAGCUCUUGAUUUGAAAGUUUAUUUGCCUCAACCUCCUCUUCUUGAUUGUGUCUGCCUUGGCACUGAGUUCAAACUGAGGAACAGCUUGCUGAUAUAUUGUCGAAAUUUGAGACUUGGUAGUCCAUCUAACUCAGAGGAACUUGACAUCGUCGCCAUCUUAGAGACAGAGAACACCACCGAGAUUGCUGCCUCACCUUACAACUAA